AUGGCCGACAGAACACUGUACCAACGGCUCUCGGAGUCGUCGCAUCCCGUCGCAUUGCUCUUUUUCCUAUUUUUCAGAUUGGCUCCGCUCCUGGUAUACCUCUUGGGCGUCCUCUUCACCUCCAAUUACAUACUCAACUUCAUCAUCACCAUGCUUCUGCUGGCCGCCGACUUCUGGAACGUUAAAAACAUAUCUGGCCGGCUGAUGGUGGGCCUCCGGUGGUGGAACGAGGCCAACGAUCUCGGCCAGUCCAUCUGGGUGUUUGAGACAGCCGACCCGAACAGAUACAUCAACCCCAUCGACUCCAAGGUGUUCUGGCUCUUCCUCUAUUCGUGUCCUGUUCUCUGGCUGGUUCUGGGAAUCGUGGCAAUGCUCAAGCUCCAGUUUCUUUCGCUGACACUUGUCGGCCUGGCCAUUGUGCUCACCUCCAUUAACGCGCUCGCGUAUACUAAAUGCGAUAAGUUCGGAAAGGCCAACAACAUCGCCAGCAACGUGGCCGGCUCUGUCGCAAGCGGCUUCUUUGGAAACGUGGGCGGACUCGUGGCCGGCGUCUUUAGAAGAUAG